GCGGGAAGAUGGCGGCGGCGCUGGCUCCCCCGGCCCCAGCCGCGGCGGCGGCGCCGGUCCCCGACGGAGGCCCGUCCCCGCCGCAGCCGCCGCACGAGAUCAAGAGCCAGUUCCGCACCCGAGAGGGCUCCUACCGGCUGCUGGGGGCCCCCGAGCCCCGCGCCAGGCCCGCCCCGCCCGCCGCCCCCGCCUCGGCCAACGCCGCCCCGCCGCAGCCGCCCCCGCCGCCCUCCGGGGUCCCCGUCGGAGCCCCCGCGCCGCCCGCCCCCUCGCUGCCCCCCGUGCGCCUCUCGCUGGUGCGCCUCAGCCCGGCCUCGGGGGGCGCAGGGGGAGGCGGCGGCGGCGACCCGGGCGGGGAGGGGGACCCGGGGGGCCUGGCCGCCGAGCGCAGCCGCGUCUGCUUCAACCUGGGCCGAGAGCUGUACUUCUACUCGGGCUCCGGGGGCGCGCCGGGGCGGGGACGCAGGUCUAUCGACCUGAAGAAGCCCAUUGAUAAGCGGAUCUAUAAGGGGACGCAGCCCACUUGCCACGACUUCAACCAGUUCACAGCUGCUUCCGAAAGCAUAUCGCUGCUGGUUGGCUUCUCGGCUGGGCAAGUGCAGUACUUGGAUCUCAUCAAGAAGGACACUAGUAAGCUAUUCAACGAGGAGAGGCUGAUUGACAAGACAAAGGUCACCUUUGUGAAGUGGAUCCCCGAGACGGAGAGCCUCUUCCUGGCUUCCCACGCCAGCGGCCACCUGUACCUGUACAACGUGGAGCACCCCUGCGGCUCCGCCUCGCCCCAGUACACCCUCCUCAAGCAGGGCGAGGGCUUCACGGUCUACGCCUGCAAGAGCAAGAGCGCCCGCAACCCGCUGCUGAAGUGGGCGGUGGGCGAAGGAGCGCUGAACGAGUUUGCCUUCUCGCCCGACGGCCGCUACCUGGCCUGCGUCAGCCAAGACGGCUGCCUCCGCGUCUUCCACUUCGAUUCCAUGCUCCUGCAGGGGAUGAUGAAGAGCUAUUUUGGGGGGCUCCUGUGCGUCUGCUGGAGCCCCGACGGCCGCUACAUCGUGACGGGCGGCGAGGAUGACCUGGUGACGGUCUGGUCCUUCGCCGAGGGCCGGGUCAUCGCCAGGGGCCAUGGCCACAAGUCGUGGGUCAACGCGGUGGCCUUUGACCCCUUCACCACCAGCACGGAGGACGACGAGAGCGGCGAGUUCAGCGGCAGCGAUGAGGACAUUCAGGACUCUGCCAAUUUCUGCAGGGUGCGGACCAGCAGCACGCUGUCCCACCUCUCUAAGCACAGCACCAAAAGCACCCCGACGGUGACCUACCGGUUUGGGUCUGCCGGACAGGACACCCAGUUCUGCCUUUGGGACCUGACGGAGGACGUCCUGUACCCCCACCACCCACUCUCCCGGGCCCGAACGCUCACCAACACCUUCAGCGCCGGCAUCCCCCCCUCGGGGAGCGGCGGGAGCAACCUGGCGGCUGAGGCCGGCGGGGGGGCCCUUCCCCGCUCGCUGUCCCGCUCCAACAGCCUGCCACACCCAGCCGUCACCAGCGCCGCCAAGAGCCACGUGGCGGACGGCACAGUGCCCUUCAGCAUCGGGAAGUUCGCCACGCUCACCCUGCAGGAGCGGAAGGACAAGAACGCCGAAAAGGAGCACAAGCGCUACCACAGCCUGGGCAACAUCAGCAAGAGCAACGACAAGCUCAACGUGGUGCCCCGGAGCAAGCUGGACACGGCCAAGGUCCUGGGCACGGCGCUGUGCCCCCGCAUCAACGAAGUGCCCCUCCUGGAGCCCCUCGUCUGCAAGAAGAUUGCCCACGAGCGGCUGACGGUGCUGCUCUUCCUGGAGGACUGCAUCAUCACCGCCUGCCAGGAGGGCCUCAUCUGCACGUGGGCCAGGCCGGGGAAGGCGACCCUGAACUCCCAGAACGGCGGCUCUCCCAGCGGCACGGUGGUAUAACCGGGCGGCGCCCCCCCUCCUUCGGCUGACCUCCUCCUCACAGGUGUCUGUGACUCUUUGCCCUGCCAAGGCCCCUUGGCCAAGAUGGCGAAGCUCUCCGCCUCUCCAGCAGCUUCUGAGUAUGUACAGGUUAUCCCCUUCCUCCUUCGCCUGUGACACUUAACUGUAUGGAAAAAGAGAGAGAGAGAGACUAACAGAGUUAAUAUAUUGAGACCUAUGUA